UCGAAUAUCGAAGUUUGAUCUCGAACUCGCGUCGUCUGUUCGGCUCAGUUUCUUAAGAAGAUGGGGUUAUGUUUUUGAAAUCAAGUCAACCCAAAAUUUGUUAUUACUUUGCUUUAUUUUGUCAGCAGCAAGUUAUUUAACGAUGGCAUUGCGUAUUUUACACAAUGAACUUUUCUCACAUCAUGUUGGGGUCAUGCAACGCCUGCUCUCAUCCGAGAGGGUCCUAUCAUCAGCUGCUCGGACUGCUGCAGCCCUAGACACUUCAAACCCUGAUGGAGGUGAGGCAUCAAAUAAGAAAACGGCACAACCCAAGAUUGUUGCUUCUUUCCGCACCCAAGAAAGUAAUCCGACUAAACAUAAAGAAAGUCAUCUAUCCAGAUACUACACAGUGCCUGGAGAUAUAAGUAAAACUUUAUUCCAGUACGGUGGUUUGCCAAAAGCCUAUGAAAAGCUAUGCCACAUCUUUACAGAGACUGCCAUUAUGGUGAGGAAGCCAUAUCUUGAAGUGACAAACUGCAUCGAAAGUGUAGAUUUUUCAAAGCCUGCUGUCAGAAUUGUGUUGUAUGGAAAACCCGGCCAUGGUAAAUCAAUGACCCUUGCUCAUGUUGUUCACUAUGGUUACAGUGCAGGUUUUAUGCUGGUACAUGUGCCAUGGGUAAAUACAUUCAUGAGACGAUGUAAAGACGCUUCACCAUCUGAAUCAAAGCCAGGGAUGAUGGAUGUUCCCAUAGAUGCGGCUGCGUGGCUUGUUCAGUUUAGGACUCAAAAUCAGCAUCUAUUAAAAACUUUAAAUCUGAAAACAAGUAAACCGUAUCAAUACGGCCCCAGAGACAUAAUUGAACAAGGGGAGCCCAUUGAUGCACUGAUAGAAUUCGGUAUAGGCCGUGCCAAGUACGCCUGUGAUGUUGUGGAAGCCCUUUUGAGAGAAAUCAAAGGUUUCUCAAACAGUGGAUUGGUUAAAACUAUGGUAGUAAUAGAUGGUUUCAAUGGUCUCUUCGCUCCGAAUUUGAAAACUCAAAGAAGGAAAAUACUGGAAGCAAAAUGCACUUUGGCAUUACCUUUCUUGGAGAUAACUCAGUUUGAUUGGUGCAAUGGAGUUGUAAUAUUGUCAGUUGAUCAGCUUGCACAUCAUGACAUGUUUAAGGCUGAGAGUAAUCUGCCUUUGUACCUGUUAGGAAAAGAGGGAUGGGAACACAUUGACCCAUUUAUUCCCAUCAUGGUAGACAAAUAUGAUACUGCAGAGAUGAAUUCUUCAUUAGACUUCUACAUAGAUCGGCGCUGGAUUCAACAUCCUGGAGGACAGACUGAAGCAGGCCGUGCAGAACUUCGGUCAUUAUGUGCAGGAAAUGGGUUUGAACUGAUGAAUUUGUGUGCACCUUUGUAAAAAAAAAAACUCAACUGUUGCCUGUAUUUUCAUGUGUAUGUAGUGUAUUAAAACUGUUCCUUUUUUUUUUUUCAUAACA